UUUCAAUAGUCUUGAAAAAUGUCAACUAAAGAGGACGCAAACACCAUUUUUGUUGCUCCUAUUUUCCAUCCUAUUCCUAUAACAAGGUGGUGGUCGAAGGAGACGGUGGUGAUAGUGACUGGAGCAAACAAGGGCAUCGGCUUUGCCCUAGUUAGGCAGCUGGCGGAACUUGGGCUCACGGUUGUUCUGACGGCCAGAGACCGUGGCCGCGGCCUUGCAGCCGUUGAAUCAUUGAAGAAUGAAGGCCUUCUCGUUCACUUUUGCAGCCUUGAUAUUUCUGACCAAAAUUCUAUCCAUGAUUUUGUGGAAUGGUUUCAACGUGCUUUUGGUGUUUUGGAUAUACUGAUAAAUAAUGCAGCAGUGUCGUUCAACAAGCUAUACACUAAUUCGGUGGAGCAGGCGGUGACGGUGGUGCGAACCAAUUUCUAUGGCCCAAAAUUACUGACCGAGGCCCUUCUACCGCUCUUCUGCCACCAGUCCACGACAGCCAGGAUUCUCAAUAUCAGCUCAAGGCUUGGGUCAUUAAAUAAGUUGAAGAAUCCCAAAUUAAAAGCAAUGCUUGUCGAUGAAGAAAAUCUAUCGGAAUCCCAAUUAGAUGGAAUGAUGAAUUUAUUUCUGGAAGAUGUGAAAAAUGGGACAUGGAAAGGCAAUGGAUGGCCUCAAAUUUGGACUGAUUAUGCAAUUUCAAAAUUGGCUCUUAAUUCAUACUCCAAAAUUUUGGCUAGACGUUACAAAGGGAAAGACCUAAUUAGUGUGAAUUGUUUCUGCCCCGGCUUCACUCAGACCUCUAUGACCGGCGGCAAGGGCUUGCACACAGCCGACACCGUGGCAGUGAUUGGCGCUCGUCUAGCCUUGCUCCCGCCGGAAGAGCUGCCCACGGGGAAGUUUUUUGUUAUAGGGUCGAGUGACCCUAUUUAUUCUAAGUUUUGA